CAUUUACUGACGUUUUGCUUUCGGCUGUCGUUGACAGGCAGCAGUAGGUAGAAAGAGCAGAAACGUUUUCCCGAGAUUUGCAAUCCACUACGGACGUAUUUUGGAAUUACGUUAAGGAAUAAUAAUGUCUGGUUACAUUGCUAGGAAAGGUCCCAUGGUUUUCUCCAAUCUUGGACGAUGGGCUUACAAUCUUUCUGGAUUCAAUCAAUAUGGUUUGCACCGUGACGAUUGCUUGUAUGAAGACGACGAUGUGAAAGAGGCCAUCCGUCGUUUACCACGUAAAUUAUAUGAUGAACGUAACUAUCGCAUUCUGCGUGCAUUGCACUUGUCUAUGACAAAAACUAUUUUGCCGAAGGAGCAAUGGACUAAAUACGAGGAAGAUGUCAAAUAUUUGGAACCAUAUUUAAAUGAGGUCGUAAAGGAACGUGAAGAGCGUGAUGAUUGGAACAAGGUUCACUAAGUGGUCAACUAAAUGUUUAAAUUAAAUUACGCUUUUAUUAUUAAAAUCAAACUAGUUAAACUUAUACGGCAAAAACCAACAAAUAAAGUUAGUUUAAUUUAA